CGCAGCGUCAGCCGCCUCCUUCCACCGAAGCCGCGGCACCUCGAAGGCUGGUCGUUGAGGGGGCAGGGAGGAAGAGAUCUCCUAGGCUGAUCAUCCCUCCUGCUGCUUCCCCCCCGCUCCCGAGCCCGCCUGACGCCCCUCCGCCGGUGAGCAGGGGUUAGGAGUUAGGACAGGAAGGAAGAAGAAAAGGAGGGGGUUCAGCAUGAAGGCGCUCAUUCUUGUUGGAGGCUUUGGCACUCGCCUUCGGCCUUUGACGCUCAGUUUCCCAAAGCCGCUUGUUGAUUUUGCGAACAAGCCCAUGAUUCUGCAUCAGAUUGAAGCCUUGAAAGAAGUUGGAGUAACAGAAGUUGUUUUGGCCAUCAACUACCGCCCAGAGGUAAUGCUCAACUUUCUGAAGGACUUUGAGGAUAAGCUUGGCAUCACAAUCACAUGUUCCCAAGAGACUGAGCCCUUAGGAACUGCUGGCCCUCUUGCUCUAGCAAGGGACAAACUUGUGGAUGGGUCUGGCGAGCCAUUCUUUGUCCUCAACAGUGAUGUCAUAAGUGAAUACCCUUUUGCUGAGCUCAUAAAAUUUCACAAGAACCAUGGUGGCGAGGCAACUAUUAUGGUCACUAAGGUGGAUGAGCCAUCAAAAUAUGGUGUUGUGGUUAUGGAGGAGGUCACUGGAUUGGUUGAAAAAUUUAUUGAGAAGCCAAAAAUAUUUGUAGGCAACAAGAUCAAUGCGGGAAUUUACUUGUUGAAUCCGUCUGUUCUGGACCGCAUUGAACUGAAGCCAACUUCAAUUGAGAAAGAGGUCUUUCCUCGAAUUGCAGCUGAUGAAAAGCUCUACGCCAUGGUCCUUCCAGGUUUUUGGAUGGAUGUUGGCCAACCAAGGGACUACAUUACAGGCUUGCGUCUUUAUCUGGAUUCAAUUAGGAAGAGAUCAGCUGACAGGCUAGCCGCUGGAGCACAUAUUGUUGGGAACGUGCUAGUGCACGAGAGUGCCAAGAUUGGCGAAGGUUGUCUGAUUGGUCCUGAUGUUGCUAUUGGUCCUGGAUGCAUCGUGGAGGAUGGUGUGAGGCUUUCCCGCUGCACGGUGAUGCGCAGCGUGCGUAUUAAGAAGCAUGCUUGCAUAUCAAACAGCAUUAUUGGAUGGCACUCAACUGUUGGACAAUGGGCACGAAUAGAAAAUAUGACUAUCCUAGGAGAGGAUGUACAUGUAGGUGAUGAGGUCUAUACCAAUGGUGGUGUUGUUCUCCCCCAUAAAGAGAUCAAGUCAAGCAUCCUGAAGCCUGAGAUUGUCAUGUGAGGCUGUGAGCUAACCUUUUGUAUGUUAUGGUACACUCAAGUUGUUUUAAUGUGCCCAUCUUUAUACAUGUGAGGCUUCCAAGAUGUUGACCUUAUAUGUGUAUCGUUCACAUUCUGAUACUAUUUGUCAGCAAGAACUCAGUGUGCCAUCAUUAUUUGU